GGGACACCUGCCUCCUCCCCUUCUCCCAUCUCUCCCCGACUCCCCCUCUCCCUCUCGUGGCCACGACUGCCGCCGCUGCCGCCCUACGCCAGGUGUCCAGGUCAUCUCCGGCCCAUUCGCCGGCGACGAGCACCCCACUAGAUCGACCGAGCUAUGGACGGCCUGUGGCAUCUGGGGGACGAGCUCCGCGGGCAGCCCAAGGUGGUGGAGGACCGCCAGUGGUCGCUCAUGACAUCCAAGCUGGCAGAGAUCACCAGGUCCAGGGGCGAGAGGACGAACGACCUCGACUACGCCAGGAUGAACGCCGCCCCCGACGCCAAGCAGUGGGGCAAGGCGGCGUCCUACCAGCACCACGACGAGGGCAGGAUGGACCACCACGUCGGCCUCAGCCUCAAGAUGAACGAUCUCAAGAUGAACGAGGCCGCCGCUGCCGCAGUCAUGAAGCUCCCCUUCCGCGGCGUGCCCUACAACGUCAACCCGAUGUACCCCAAGGGGAGCAACGCCAACGCCAAUGUCAACGCGUUCAAGAUGAAUGUCGGGGUGAACAAGUACUCCAGCAGCACGAACGGGAAAGACUCCGGCGGGAAAAGCGGUGGCGGCAGCAACAACAACAGCGGCGGCGGAGGCAACGGCAAUGGGACCGCCAACGGCAGUUCCGCAGUUGACAAGCGCUUCAAGACGUUGCCGACGAGCGAGAUGCUGCCGAAGAACGAAGUCCUUGGUGGGUACAUCUUUGUCUGCAACAACGAUACCAUGCAGGAGGACCUCAAGAGGCAGCUUUUUGGAUUGCCAGCACGAUAUCGUGAUUCAGUCCGGGCAAUUACUCCUGGCCUGCCUCUUUUCCUCUAUAACUACACCACUCACCAGCUUCAUGGGGUAUUUGAGGCUGCCAGUUUUGGUGGGUCUAAUAUUGAUCCCACUGCAUGGGAGGAUAAGAAGUGUAAAGGUGAAUCUAGAUUCCCAGCGCAGGUGAGGAUCCGCGUUAGGAAGCUGUGCAAGCCGUUGGAAGAGGAUUCCUUCAGGCCAGUUUUGCACCACUAUGAUGGCCCAAAGUUUCGCCUCGAGCUCUCCAUCGCGGAGACCCUGUCCCUGCUAGACCUAUGCGAGAAGGAAGGCAUCUGAGCUGUUGGCUGCCUCGUGAGGUUCUAGUAAAUAUCAAUCAUCCUUGUAUGUUCUGUAGAUGGUGGUUGGCAAUGUUGUUUAUUUUUCAAGCGCAAGCUGCUGCCGGUCUCGUUUUCCCUGUCCUGGAUGGAAGCAAAGGGACCUGGUACUUUGAAGGCCCCCCCUCAAACAUAAGCUGUGAGCCUGUCAGUGCACGUGUCCGCCGUUGUCGUCAAGAACCAAACCAAAUCAUGAAAUCUUGCGCCGACGGAGAGUUGGAGCGUGUAUGUUUUGCUAUCUCUAUCUACAUGUCUCAGUAGAGUGGAUAUACCCUGGGGUCCCCAAAAGAUGGGGGCCUGUAUGUAACACUACGUGUAAUGGUUAAGGUGAAUGUGCCGUGAGGCCCCCCAAAAGUUGGAGUGUGUAUUUUUGUUGUCACCUUGAACCGACUUUGCGUAUGCUUUUUUUUAGUGCUGCUACCUUCUGCGCUGUGUUUGGCUUCUGGUUCAUGUUUUUGUAAUAUAAGGUGGCUUGCGCAA